AUGAAGAACGUCCCAAGUCUUCAAACUGUAGAUAAGGAUUCGGUAAGUUUUCAUUUUGAAUGAUUUCUUUGGGUUUUUAGGUUUUAAUUCUCUUUCUUUCAUAUGAUUUGUAAUUUGUUCUACUUUUGGCACUUUUUUUUAAAUUCAAAUUAAAGUUUUUUUGCUUGGAAAAGCGCCAACUGACAUUUUUCUAGUUUAAAUUAUAUUGAAUUCAAUUUAGGAAGAACCGCCCGAGUCGAAGUCUACGCCGAAGUCACUUCCCACUACACCAAAAUGAGAUAGUCCUCAGCCUAAGGUCGAUGGAGAGACUAGGAUUCACAAAAGAAUCAAGAACACUUAUCGUGGCAGUGGCGAGUCUAAGCAGGUGAUUCAACAAGGUGAAGGCAUAGUAAACGUCACUAAGAAAACGGUAAGUUAGUUUUUAAUAAUAUUACGUAGGGGUUAGCUAUAAGAAGAGGAAAUUAAGCUAGGGUCAAAUGAAAUAUGUUAAAAGUGAGAUAGGAUAGUUUUAGGCUGAGUUGGGCAAGCUUACAGUAAGGCAAGGAUGGGCUUAGUGCUGGGCAGGUUUUUUUAAUGGAAAAUACAGCUAAAAAACGGACAGCUUUUUUUUAAUAUUCGUGGCCCACUUAAAGUUAUGAUAAUCUUAUAUAAUUCUUUACAGACUAAAAAUCGACCCAAAAAGACCACACAGUCGAUACAGAAACGUGGUCCAUCUACUCCCAAAUCGCAUCACUGA